AUGGAUUCGGAUUUCGGAAUCGCCAGAGAACUCUCCCCUCUUCAGCAACUCCGAUCUCAGUACCGCCCCGAGCUUCCUCCAUGUCUCCAGGGGACCACUGUCCGUGUGGAACUCGGUGAUGGAACCACUGUGGCAAAGGCCGGUGAUGCCCAUAUCAUUGCCCGUGCCUUCCCGCAUACUCUGGGCCAGCCUUUAGCUCACUUCCUCAGGGCUACUGCUAAAGUUCCUGAUGCUCAGAUCAUCACCGAGCAUCCAGCGAUUAGGGUGGGAAUAGUGUUUUCUGGAAGGCAGGCUCCUGGUGGUCACAAUGUAGUUUGGGGUCUAUACGAGGCUCUUAAAGUGCACAACGCUAAGAACACUUUGCUAGGAUUUUUGGGUGGUUCCGAAGGUCUGUUUGCCCAAAAGACCCUGGAGAUCACUGAUAAUGUCCUCCAAACCUACAAAAACCAAGGUGGUUUUGAUUUGCUUGGAAGAACCAAGGAUCAGAUAAGGACAACUGAGCAGGUUAAUGCUGCACUAAAAGCUUGCAUGGAUUUGAAAUUGGAUGGUCUUAUUAUCAUUGGAGGUGUGACAUCAAACACAGAUGCUGCGCAUCUUGCUGAGUUUUUUGCUGAAGCAAAAUGCCCAACAAAGGUAGUUGGUGUUCCGGUCACCAUUAAUGGAGAUCUCAAGAAUCAGUUUGUGGAGACAAACGUCGGUUUCGACACUACAUGCAAGGUGAAUUCUCAGCUAAUUAGCAAUACCUGCACCGAUGCCCUUUCAGCAGAGAAGUAUUAUUACUUCGUCCGCCUCAUGGGUCGGAAGCAUUCACAUGUGGCCCUGGAGUGUACACUUCAGUCUCAUCCAAACAUGGUGAUAUUGGGUGAGGAGGUUACAGCAUCGAAGCUCACAAUAUUUGACAUCACAAAGCAAAUCUGUGAUGCUGUUCAAGCGAGAGCAGAACAAGACAAAAAUCACGGAGUCAUCCUAAUUCCUGAAGGGAUCGUGGAGAGUAUUCCUGAACUUUAUGCUCUGUUGAAGGAAAUUCAUGGACUGCUCAAGGAAGGUGUGCAUGCUGAUAAUAUUUCUGCUAAGCUGUCACCUUGGUCAUCUGCUUUGUUUGGGUUUUUGCCUCCAUUCAUUAAGAAACAGCUACUUCUGCAUCCCGAGUCUGAUGAUUCUGCUCAGCUAUCCCAGAUUGAGACGGAGAAACUUCUAGCUUAUCUUGUGGAGACUGAAAUGAACAAGCGCAUGAAAGAAGGGACAUACAAAGGGAAGAAAUUCAAUGCUAUCUGCCACUUUUUUGGUUACCAAGCUCGUGGAUCUCUGCCAUCAAAAUUCGACUGUGACUAUGCCUAUGCAAUGAUGACAGUUAAGCGCUGGUCCCAGAACUCUGGUUCGACUACAAUCGGUAGACCUGUAAUUCAUCCAGCUACGGUGGACUUGAAAGGCAAGGCAUACGAGCUAUUGAGACAGAACGCGCAGAAAUUCUUGAUGGAAGAUAUGUACAGAAACCCAGGACCGCUUCAGUAUGAUGGUCCAGGUGCAGAUGCAAAGGCCGUAAGUCUGUGUGUAGAAGACCAGGACUACAUGGGCAGAAUCAAGAAGCUUCAAGAGUAUCUCGAUCAGGUGAGGACGAUAGUGAAGCCGGGUUGCUCUCAAGAUGUGUUGAAAGCGGCAUUGAGUGUUAUGGCUUCGGUGACUGAUGUUCUCUCCACAAUCUCUUCUUCUUCCACCAGCGGUCAACAAUUUGCUUGA